AUGAUCGAGUCGCUUAGGAAACUUUUCCUGGCGAUGCGGCGCGGAGACUCCAGGCUCGCCGGCGGAACUGUGCGCCCGCGCCCCGAGGAGUCUGGCCUUCUCCUUGAUAUAACUAGGGACUUGAAAGGGUAUUUAUCGAUGUCACCUAAGAGGGGGCUGGCGGAUGUUGGACCGCCGGACAUGGCGGCCGCCCGUGAUGACGAAGGCAGCAGCGGGCACGAGGCGGGCGGCUCCAGCAUGGAGGAGGGGAGAAGCCCCAGGGAGGACACGCCCCCGGCUCCUUGUGCGGCGUUCUGCGGUCCGAGGGCGUGCUCCACCCUGCCUCCCAACAUCUCCACGCAGCAGCCCCAACCGGUGACGGAGCCGAAGCGACGGCGCCUGUGGGGGCUGCGAGGGUUGGUGAAGAUGUUCCGGCGCCGCGUCAGGAGGAGGGCGGGCGAGAGCGUGAGUCCGCAGCCGUCGCACUCGGCGCUCCGGGCUCGGUCCACCUCGGAACUGGCGGUGGAUAUUCAGCACAGCAGGAGCAGCGGGGGGCCAUACAACCAGGGCCUGAGUGUGUCCCACGACUCGGUCUUCACUCCGGACACCGCGGCCGACGGACACCACUCCCACUCCACGCCGCCUGCACUGGCCAUUGCAACGCGCGGGGUCAACAUGAUGAAGGUUUGA